GAUAAAUACUUCUUGGCUCUACAGAGUAAAUGCAAAUGGACCAUCUGGAGAUUGAGGAGAAGUACGCAUGCGUGUGACGUCAUCGUUCUAAUAAUAGUCACAGGAAACCGCUACAAGAAAGAAAGUGGCUGAAAUCUGGCGCAAGUAGAGGCUCGGAACAUGAUGGGGAAGUGGAGAUUAUUGUGAUUUGCAGUUGAGAAGACACCUUUGAAGUAGCAGCAGCGCAGUCUGGACUAAUAUCAAGAUGGAGGAGCCUGCACCAAACCUACCCAUGACUUCUCCAGGGCGGCCAACAGAAUUCAUUCAAACCACGCCCAGAAGAUCGUCCAAAAGUCCAGACCGUAUACGAAACAUUAGCGUGAAUUAUAAAGAAAUGCAUACGAUCGAGGCAGAGGACCUACCCCAGAAUGUACGGAAAGCCUCUGAGGCUUACGAAAAUAAAGUGGCUGAUGAGUCUGGUAGAUCAGCCAAAGAGUGCAAAGUUAAACCACUGCCACAGAACGCUUUUACAAAAUUCUCAAAUGACAGUCCCUCGUGUAGUCCACCUGCCAUGAGGCGCUCUCGAAGCCCUGUCAAGAUCUGGGAGUCAACUCUCCCCCCUUUCGAUGCUCCUCUUUACGGAAGCGCAGGAACACGAUCGAGAUCCCGCUCACGCAGCCCAACGUUCGGCCGCGUCAUCGACCCGAACCAAAGCAGAGGAAACUCGAGAAAAACAAGCCUCUCCUCGUCUAUAGCAUCAGAUGAUGUUAGAUUGAUCCGUGUGGCCAGUCCAGAAACCCCUGUGGCAACAGGUGGGAAUGAACGCGGGCGAUCAGUUAGGAAAGAGAGAGCUGUCUUAAAGGAAAUUAAAGUGGAAAGAAGAAAGUUACUGAUAGCUCAGGAGGCUGCGCGUAUCCCUAGUUUGAUUGCUCCUUAUACCGGUAGCCCCGAUUCUGCAUCGGACGACCAGGGUAACUCCAAAAGUAACCAGUCCACACCCAACAAUCAUAGUAAUACUACAAGUCCAGUGGCCCAACCAGUGGCUGCCACAUCCCCACAGCCCAAAGAUGCUUCCGCUCCCAACCAACAAAGACUCCCCAAAGACAAAGAGCAGGCCAAACAGGAGCAGAAUGUCCCUCCGCCCAAAGUGGACCAACCGCCUCCCCGUGAAAACUUGUUUCGACGAAUGGUCAGAUAUCUUAGUCCUUGGAGAAGGUCGUCAGAUAGACAGAACGGGUCCUCAAGACGUGCUUCUGACAAACAAAACACGAACUCUAACAAUAGUAAUACUGCUAAAGUUAGUGGAGAUGCUUCCCAGGCUAACACGCCUGCCAAGGAUGGGAAGAAAGUUUCAUCCCCUUCAAACCAGCAGGGAUCAAAAUCAAAUGAGAAGGAGAAUCUAAAGCAGCAGUCGUCAACGGGAAAAACGAGAGGCGGGUCUCAGGGCGGAAGCACGGGGAAGUCGUCGCGGCAGAAGGGUAGCAGCUCGGACCGUUCCCAGUCCCGAUCCCCCAGCCGAGGAAAGCAGGGCGAUACGCCGUCUCGAACCAGACAGGUCAGCCCGCCUGGUGACCAGGUCAAAGUCCGCCGAGAUCCGCCUGUAAAGUAUCGAACGGAUCCGCCUAGACACAGGAAGCAGGAUGCAGCGAUGGCCAGGAGGUCCGACCCGCACCGCUCGUCCUGUGAGCACAAGUCCCGAGACAGGCACCAUGGGAAGCACGUGGUCAAGCCGCAGCCCCCGGAAGUGAACCAGGGCGAUCUGGUGAACGGUAAUGUCAUCGUGGACAGGAAGCCGGAGAAGGAACGGUGGACGUGGAUCCCCAAAAUUCCCGACAGUCCCGCCCAGGAUUGGGGUCCAGCUUUACCGAAGUCCUCACCCAGCCCAGAUCUGGAGCACGAAUGUGUGGGGAGGAGGGAGAAUCUCAUGGGCUCUUCCAUGGAGAGCUUCAAUUCCUCCAUUAACGAUGUACCCAUGGAUCCCACCUCGCGUUAUCUGAACAUUUGUGGUCUGUCAGAGUUCUGGCAGAAGACGGUCCUCGAUCAAGAAGACAAUUUAGCUCCUGGACAGUCAGUUUCUGCGCAGGAUAUUCAUAUGCGACACAAGGCAGUAGAAACCAGGGCACGUGCAGAGAGCGAGGAAAAUGUGCGUUGUAAGAAAGGAAAGCUAAGACGAUCGCCCCAACCAGAAGAUCUUAAGAAAAUGUCCCAGUCAGCACCAUCCUUGAAUGAACUUAAGAAAAAAGCCGCCAAAUACAAAGUAGAAUUAACACUGAGUCCGAAUGCAUCUGUUCAGGACUUGAACGAAAAUGUUGUUCUAGAGACAGACACAGGGACAAUCGAAUUGCCAAAAGAAACCGUGCUUGGCAGCCAAAAGGAAAACAGAACGGGGGAAAUCAACGAAAUGAGGAACCGACUCCUGGUUUCAGCCAUCAGUGGAAAAGACAACCUCGCUGAUGCAAUGAUGGAAUUUCGCAAUAGAACCAACAGCUAUCUAAUGGCAAUAGAAAACUCACCUCUAGGCUCAGCCGGAAUGGCCAACCGCGAAGUCUUCUUUCCUGCUGAUAAAUCUCCUAAGUCGGUCACACGACCGCAAACCAUCAACAACCAUUCCAUACCUAGCAUAGCAGAAAGCAACGAGGAGGAAACAAUGACACCAACGAAACCAAAAGCCCUUGAUAACGUGAAAGAAGAAGAAACGAUACCCGAUAAUGUCCCCGCAAGGGAGAAUUCCGAAACCACGAAUGUAACAAAUACCAGGGUUCAGAAGCGACCAAGCCAGGAUGAGGACAACCCCACAGCUGACCUGAAGAAGAGACUGGGUCAUGUCGGAAAAGAGCAGUGCGAACAGCUGAUCGUGGAGGGGAUCGUGAAGAGAUUGGACGAGAAGGAUUGCGGGAUCGAAGACGAGAUCUCAGCUGGGGUCAUCCAGCAGUUAGGAACAGAGGAGUUAGGGAAAGAGGAGGCUGAGAGCAGAGUGCAGAAGAGUGACCAGGAGAGCAGAGAUGGGAAGUACUACCUGGGAGUGAUGGACCUGGAGAAAGACAGGAUAAGCAAGCUGUGCGGACAGGCUGAGAAGGACCAGGAAGGAGAGGUGUCAGAGGAAGCUGAUGGCCUAUUGAGAGCAGCAGUGGGGAAGGCACAGCUUCUAGUGAACCAGAAGUUUAAACAGUUUGAGGGGCUUUGUCAACAGAACUUGAACCCAGUUGAUGGUGAGGGUGAUCAGUGUCUCACCACCUCAUCUGACCUGGCUGGCUUCUGGGACCUCGUCAAUAUACAGAUAGAAGAUGUGAACAGCAUGUUUGAGGAAAUUGCACUGCUGAGACAGAACGAGUGGAAAUUCCCGCCACCAACGUCCUCUAACGGUAAGGACGAGCUGAGUCCUUCCUCCUCCCGCGGAACAUCCACGCACUCCACCCCGGCAGCUUCCCCCAAACCUCGCAGAACGCGCCCCAAAACAGCCGGAGCCACGCGGAGCCCCAAAACCGGGGCGAAGUCUGCCGCCCGAGACGACGCCAGGAAAAGGCUGCUUGAAGCGAAGAGAGCUGCGGCUGCAAAGAAGAAAGCAAACAUGCAAGAAGACAACAAUGUGGAAAUCUUUCUUCCGGAAGCUUCAAACACUACACAUACGUAAGUGCACGCUGUGUGACAGCUGCGUGCUCAAUAUUUACGCAUUGCUGCGUUGUACAACAGCACAACAGCACUAAGCAGUAUUAGAUUAACUGUCAGGAGUUUGCCUUGGAAAACGGGAAGACUGUCAAAAUGGCAAGACUGUCAAGGCAUCUACUUUUCCCUGUUGCACACGUUGGUAAGAGGCUUCAAAAAUUUUCCAGGACAUUUUUUGCAGUACCAGAAAAAGUCCCAUGAUCCUCCUUCUGAUCUUGAUAUCAGGAUGCAUGCUGGGAAAUGCUGAUCUUACAAGCCUCUUGGAUUUUUUUGCAAGUAAUUGAAUUGUAUACAAUACUUUUUGUCACCAAGAACUUUUUGUUGCUCUUUUUAUAAAGAUUGUUUAUAGUGUUUUUAUUUUUUUUUAAUCAUAAAAAGACCUGUACAUUACAUUACAUUGAGCACUUUUGAAUGAAAAUUUAUGAUAAUGGUGAAAAAAAUUUCAUGAGGACAGAAUCAUUAAUAACUCAUGAGCCAAGAUUGUUCCAAACCCAGAUUGGACAGACUCUGGUUGGAUACAUGUAUGUACAGACCCAGCCUUAGUUCAUUCUACGUACAUGUAGCAAAGCUCUGGCCAUGAACUAGAAUCAAAGCUUGCAACUACAUAUAACAAGAGGUUGUACAAACCCUGGUUUGGAUCAUACUUACCCAGGCUGGGGUUGGAAAAGUAAAGGUUGAAAUCCAUUUGAGGUAUUUAAAAACCCAGUGAACCAUUUCCCAACUUUUCUUAUUCCCCAUAAUGUCAACUGAAAUGACUACAUUGAUGUCUACAUCUAUGUCUUCUCCAUGGCAGUAGCCAUUUGAUCAAUGACAGAGACAUUUUAACUUAUUGUGAUCUAUCCUUUUUUUAUUAAUCCCCUUUCCCACUGCCAUGUCACAGUGAUCACCAAGCUGGUCCAACCAGGUUCACAGACUUGUGUUCAUCCCUGUUUUAAGAGCUUAAGCCAGAAAUGUUCAGGAUUUUCCUCGGAAAGACUGUAUAGUGCGCAUUUGUGCAGUUCAUGUGUAUAUUGGCCACUGCCAAGAAUUGUAUUGAGUGAAACUGUCGCUAGUGGAGAUUGAUGAUUAGUGAAAAGAUUGCAUGGUGUAAAAAGAAUUCAGAAUCACUCAAUAGUCUGUCUAUACAGCUACAGUGCAGUAUUAUUACUCUAUUCUCUACUUCUAAUAUUAAGAUAUGCCAAAGCCAAAGUGUAGUACACAAUUUCAUUGUCAACUCAAAAUGCAGAAAAUUGUACAACCCAUAGUUUGUCUUGCCCAGGAAAGUUACUUUAUGUGGUAGCCUGUAUUUCAGGCUUUGUGGAUGGACUCUUUUUGGGGGGCUUAUCAAUUAUUGUGCUGUUUCCUGAUUGUAUAUCAGUUGUCUGAUCAGCUGUUAGAAGCCAGCUAAGGAGACUACCCAGUAAUGCUCUCAACAUUCAUUGAGGUUUGCCAAAUCAUACCUGUUUUACCUCAAGUUCAUUUAUUGUGUAAUAGUAUAUUACUCUAGUGCAUCAUCAUUAUAAUUAGCAUAUGCUUGAUAUCAGUAAAGCAAUCAUAGAACACCUGGGGUAGGUGCAAGGUAGUACCGGACUGGUGUAGUAUAGUGACAAGAGUAGGGAAAAUGUUAUGUGUUCCAUGCUUCAAAAUUUCAGAUUUUGUCCAGUGUUCGUUUUGGCUUGCAUUGAAACGUGCACACGUAUGAAAGGGGUCAUUUUGGGGUGAAACUGACAAUACAUUGAAGCAUGUUAGCAUCUAUAUCGUGUAUGCCUCCUGGACUUAAGUCAAACCUGUCUAAAGUGACUACCCAACAGAAUGGGUGUAUCUACAAUUUGUUGGGUUCAUGGCAAAUAUGCAAAUGUUUAACAUGUUAUCAUUGCAUUUAUGUAUUGAUGAUCACUCCAAGCAGUAAACCAGGGUUGUACAUUUUAAAGAAUUCUAGGCAGAAAGCCCUGUGGUUGUUUCAGCAUAUAGAGCACUGUUUCAGUCUUUUUUAAGUCAGUGAAUGUGACAAAUAUUUUAAGAUUCAAAAAAGCUCUUUCUCCUGAUGUUGCAAAGGAGGUAUUGUUGCAAAUGUCUGUACUGUACACUAUGUACUUAUCACUUUCAAUGUGCAAUUGUUUGUUAUAAUGUGAAUUGUCAUUUUCUGUAGUUUACCUCACUCUAUAGGAGUUUUUUUACAAGCGUUUUUGUGUUUUUGUAAGUAGUAAUUUAUUGUGGAAAGUCUAUUGCAGCAAUUUUUUACAUCCUAGUUUUUUAAGGUUUUGAAAUGUGUGCGAAACUUUAACUAAAUUAUGACACAGUUUGUCAAUGUAGAAAGACAAUAAUUGUAAAUACUAGAAGACUCCAGUUUUGGAGCAGUGUGAAAUAAUAAUGCAGACCCAGUGCAAGAUGUUGGUCAAGCUCAAUAGCCUAUAUAUAGAAUCUGUACAAGUGUGGUAACUGGGACCCAGUCAUAUAACUACAGAGCUAGCUGUUACUCAAACUCUUUGCUGACGUUGACAAAAGCCAGAAUAACUUGAAAAAAAUAUUAAGUAAACUGAACCAUACAAAUAUAUGUAGGGACAUUGAAAAUGUACAUCAUACAUUUUAUUUGAACUACAUAUGGUCAAGUGCUCUGACAGUUUUCAGGGCCCCUUAGUCAAGGUUAUCAAAAGAGGUGGCUUUCACAAUACAGUACAGUGCCUGGAAUUGAGGCUAAAUGUGACACUGAAGCAAUUAUAACAGCUUUAGUUUUGUGUGGCAAAUUACUGACAGGCACUGUGUUGUAUCAUGCCAGCCACCUCUUGUCAUGGAUAAAAUGGGUCCUGGUUUUGAACAUGCAUUGUAGCUUUCCAUUACCUCACAUGACAAGAAAUCACAUGAAUUUUAGCAGAUGAAUUCUGAGUUGGAAGCUACAGCACACACAUUAUGGCUUGGAUUUAAUGUUUAACUGCACCAAACGUUGACUUACUUGGAUGGCACUGUUGUCACCAGUGUCUACUACACUUGACAAGUUUUGCUGUGUAAAUUUGCCAUUUUACUAGAUACCUUGCUUGAACUUGCUUGAUGCUCCUUAACUAAUAGAACUAAAAAGCUGCUUUUAAGUCCUGAAACAGAUACAUUAUGUCUUACAAAAUAUUCUAUUGCAUAUUGCUAAACGAUACUGCUAACAAUAUGCAGUUCACAAAUGAAAUGGUACAGUAAUUCAAUUCUGUGCAGGGUUUAAAAUAAAUGUGUUCUUAGGCUGA